AUGGGAACAAUGUUUAGAGCAGCCGUCAUCACUCUUUUACUUUCAUCCGUCCUUCUUCAGCUGGUGUUUUCUGAAUCCAACGAUGGAUUCGUUAGAAUUCGACUCAAAAAGUUUAAGUUAGAUGAAAACAACAGGAACGCUGAUCGACUUACCAGGAAAAUACUGGAUCCUCAAAAUGCUGACGCCAUUGUAGGGCUAAAAAAUUACAGGAACAUGCAGUACUAUGGUGAAAUUUCAAUCGGUACACCACCACAGAAAUUCACUGUGCUUUUUGAUACAGGAAGCUCUAAUAUGUGGCUACCUUCCUCAAAGAGCUAUUUCUCAUGUGCGUGUUAUUAUCAUUCCAAAUACUAUGCCCGUCGUUCAAGAACUUAUAAAAAGAACGGAACAUCUGCUAAGAUACACUAUGGUUCAAAUUCAAUAUCUGGCAAGUUUAGCAAAGACAAUGUUUUAGUUGGUGGUUUAACAAUUAAGAUACAGGACUUCAUUGAAGCAACAACACUGUCCGGUUUUGUGUUUCAGUUUACCAAGUUUGAUGGCGUUCUUGGCCUUGGAUUUCAGGAGAUCUCACAUGGAGGUGUUGCUCCAGUAUGGUACAACAUGAUGAACCAGGGUCUGAUUCAAAAUCAAGUGUUCUCAUUUUGGCUUAAUAGAAAUACAAAAGAUGAGAAAGGAGGUGAACUUGUGUUUGGUAGGAUUGAUUCAAGGCAUUAUCAAGGGAACCAUACUUAUGUACCUCUUACCCACAAGAGUUAUUGGCAAUUUGAUAUGGGUUCGUCAAGGGUCAACCAAUGGGGUUUUGGGGGACAUAUUCAUGGGUCGUUACCUCCACAGUAUUUGACUAUGGCGGAUUGA